AGUUAGGAUCAGGAUGUAGGAAAACAAGUCAUUACUGGAGUCUUGCAAUAUGGGGUAUUCGGUGUGCUGGCUUCUCAUUCUCCUCGCGAUCGCAUGUGGUUGUAAGGGUGAAUCAGGGAGUGCCUCGCGCCAGGAACCCACUGAAACGUCCUAUGAGGUGAGGAUCAGUGAAUUGGAGAAGAAAGUGUCGCAACUUGAAGCUGUCAGCGUCCGCAAGUAUCCAGAGGUGAAAUUUCUUCCCUACAAGGACCGCAAGCGAAUCCUGAUCACUGGGGGGGCAGGAUUUGUGGGAAGCCACUUGGUGGACCGGUUGAUGUUGGAUGGGCAUGAGGUAAUUGUUGCAGACAAUUUCUUCACUGGACGGCGGCGGAACAUUGAGCACUGGAUUGGCCAUGAGAACUUCGAGAUGAUUCAGCAUGACCUUGUCAUGCCACUUUUCAUGGAGGUUGACCAGAUCUACCAUCUGGCCAGUCCUGCAUCCCCACCACACUACAUGUACAACCCAGUGAAGACCAUCAAAACCAACACAAUUGGCACCAUCCAUGUCUUAGGCCUUGCUAAGAGAACAAGGGCAAUGAUCUUGAUAGCAAGUACAUCUGAAGUGUAUGGAGAUCCAGAGGUUCAUCCUCAGCCGGAAUCCUACUGGGGACACGUCAACCCCAUUGGUCCCAGGGCUUGCUAUGAUGAGGGGAAACGAAUCUCGGAGACAUUGGCUUACGCAUAUGCACAUCAGGAUGGGGUGAAAGUACGUGUAGCACGGAUCUUCAAUACGUUUGGACCACGUAUGCACAUGAAUGAUGGACGUGUGGUCUCCAACUUCAUCCUUCAGGCCCUACAAAAUCAGUCCAUCACAGUGUACGGAGAUGGGAAGCAGACACGGUCCUUCCAGUAUGUAUCUGACCUUGUGGAGGGGUUGGUGCGUCUCAUGAACUCCAACUACACUCUCCCUGUGAACCUGGGAAACCCAACAGAAUUCCGCAUUGUAGAUUUUGCCAAUUACAUCAAGAAGAUGGUGAAGUCAAAUUCAGAGAUAGUGCACCUUCCUGCCCAGCAGGAUGAUCCUAAGCAGCGGAGACCUGACAUCUCUAUUGCUCGCAAGGUCCUUGGAUGGAAACCUGAGAUGACGUCAUUGGGUGGUGGAACAUCUCAGUCACAUGUCUCCCGUUCUCUUGAAAAACUCCUUGAGGAUGCUCAAUUCACUGGUGAACUGAAUCUCAGUGGACGCAAUCUUAAGGAAUUCCCAAAAGUUGCAGCCCAGUACAAUCUCUCUGACACAUGUAAUACUGACUUAUCCAAGAAUCGGUUCUCAGAAUUUCCUGAAGAACUGAUUGAGUAUGGUGCCCUGGAAUGCCUGGAUUUGUACAAUAAUGUCCUCAAGGCUCUGCCUGACUCUGUGAUAUUUCUACAAUCCCUACGCCAUCUCAAUCUCAGCCGAAACCAGUUGAGCAUCCUGCCAGGCACAAUUUGCCAGCUGCCCUUGGAAGUGCUCAUUGUGAGCCACAAUAGAUUAGUUAGCUUACCAGAGGAGAUAGACCGUCUGAGCCCCUCCCUGCAGGAACUGGAUGUUUCCUGCAAUGAGCUCACCCAUCUACCACCCAACAUGGCAUCCCUGUUGCACCUCAAAAGUCUCAAUCUGCAUGCAAAUCGCCUCAUUGAACUACCAAAUGCAAUCCAUGCUCAAGAGAUUAAGCCAGGGGUCUGGAACCUUUUUGGUCAUCUGGUGGUAAGAGGGAAAGUCCAUGUGUUGAAGUACUUGGAACUCCAGGUACAGAAAGAAGAGCGAAAGCGAGGGGUUCUGGCAGCUGAGUCCCUCAUCCCUGUCUCCAUGCCCUCAUCUUCCAUUUCCUUUUCUAGUGCCAUCAAACCUACUCAUACCUUCAGAUACAGCAAUGGUGUGGAAGCACGACAACAGCAGGUGUCAGUGGACAGUGGUUACAGCACAUGUGAUGGAGAUCUCCAACGCUGGUCCCAGGGCAGUCAUGAUGUAUGUCUAACUUUAUACAGCAAUGGUGUGGAAGCACGACAACAGCAGGUGUCAGUGGACAGUGGUUACAGCACAUGUGAUGGAGAUCUCCAACGCUGGUCCCAGGGCAGUCAUGAUUCAUGGGGCUCGACAAACAAUGCAGCAACAACCUUGGUGCCGCCCUCAAGUCUUCCAACAUCAUUAACUCAAGUACACAUGGCAACAGUGGCUACAUCUCCAGCUAGAGCACCCAUGGUGCCAUCUCCAUCGAGUAUCCCCUCCACUCCGUCCACAUUGAGUCCUGGUGAUCCCACAGCUUCAUUAGAGGAUGAGAUUCGUCAGGAACUUUCUCGGCAGGCUGCCAAUGAGCCAUUCCAUUGGACUGCCUCUAAUAUGCUUCACUCUGAUGCAUCUGCUUUAACUUUUUCCAGGAAAGGGAUAAUAAAUGGAAGGGUCCCUGUUGUUGCCAAUGGUUCCUCUGAGGGACCAAAGAUCAUGCCAAAAUCUCCCCCAACUCGCAAGCACAUCCAGACAUACAAAGGCCAUGAGGAAGACAAUGCUGUAUGUGUCCUAUGUUAUAAACAAAAGGGAACAAAUGGACCACUUCUCCUGAAAAGCCUUGAUGAGAAGGGAUGUCCUGAAAUAGAGAGGCAGACUCAUUUGCCCAGACCCAAUUCUCCUAUCAAGUCUGUCACCCCAAGUAGCCAGAUCUUGGAAAGGCAGAGGCAGCAAGCCAAGGCUGCUGUCUACAACUAUGUCAAAAGAAAAUCUGACAUCAGCUUGAUCAACCUCCUCUUUCUCCUUGUCUAUCAGGCAAGGGCAAGCCCAACCAAGGGGAUGAUGUCUCCAACUGCAGAGGAGUCCACUGCAUCUGUAACAGGGAGGCCAUCCUCAAUGAUCCCAAUUGCCAAUGGGGGAAGCCCAUCCCCAUCAAGUGGCCCUUCUCACCCAAAGACUAGUCUUAAUCAGUACAAUCAUGUGCACACAAAGAAGCCAUCUCCCAAGUCGACAUUGGGCUCAGGGAGGGCAAUGCGGACAGGGAGCAGUCUUGGAGGGAGCACGUCCAGCCUCAACAGUGUCUCAUCAGUCAGUCGACCAGGGCCAGGGCCAAACCGCUCAGUGCACAGCACGUCCACCCUUGACCGACGCAUUGGCACCACUCGAAGAGAUCCCAACUCUCUCAAUUUCACCUUUAGGCGAGAUGUAGAGCAAGCCAAGGAUGAGCAACAACGCAUACAACAGCUCCGCAAGAAUAUUGAGAACCGGUUAAAGGUGUCAUUACCAGAGGACUUGCCAAGUGCAUUGACAGAUGGAGUGGUUCUCUGUCAUCUGGUGAAUAAUGUGAGACCUCGUUCUGUCGCCUCCAUUCAUGUCCCUUCUCCUGCUGUGGUUAGUCAGUCCCUUUGGUGGCUUAGAUCAUCGUUGGCCAAGUAUUUCAAAUACUGGAGCAAAACAGAUGUGAGCAUGACUGAAUACGAGAGUAUUGUGGAGAAUCGGUGGAUGGACCUGGCCCUCUUUGGAGACACCUCGAUCGUCGAGUUACGCUUCCCUCCC